CUCGUUGUUGCCCAUGAUGGCGGCGCCUUGAGCUUCGCGGAUACUGCUGCUGCUCUUCGCGGAAUCACGUUUAACAGGCUGCCAGACAGACGAGUGCCCGUCAGCGAAAGCGAGCGCCAGAGAGAUGGCAGAGGCCGCGAGACAACUGGACACCCACAGCCUCCCACUGAAACCAACUGCGGCCAGGCGGGAGGAAGCUCACAGAGCGGCAAGGGUGGUGGAUGAGCAGCCAGAGGCACUCGCUGUGCUCCAAGACAGCCAGGCCCCUGUGGAAGGGCCGGUUGUGGCUGGCAGCCCAGCCUCUGAGCCAGUGACUGUUUGUGACAAUGGCCUGCCUGUGCCAGAUGGUCGGGAGAAAGCCGGGCCUUCAGGAAGCAGCCGGGUUAAUGAAACACCAUCUCAAAGCCACGAGGAGGCAAAAGAGAAUGUGGAUCUUUUGGAGACGGCACAGGUAUUGAGUGAGAUUGCAGGCCUCCCCCUGACGGAGAGGGAGCAGGCAGAAGCUGAGGAGCAGGCUGAGCCCCUGGCCGAGAGGCGUGAGCGGCACCUGUUGGUCUUCUCGACUGUGGCCCGGGAAAGCCUGGAGCUUCAGGUGCCCCAGGAGGUGAUGCUGGAGCUACCCAAUGGCAUCAAGAUGUAUGGAAAGGACCUUGCUGCGAUCACUGAACUGUUACACCCGACCCAGGUGUUGCUCCAGACAGGACCUCGGAAGUUCACCUUAGCUACAGCUGACACUGUGAUCUCAGCUGGCUCUUUGCUCUUCACUGUAUCCCAGGAGACAAGCCAAGAGGAACCAUCGGCAAAGCCAGAAGAUCCAGAAGUGGAAACGGAAGGGAAAUUGUACAAGUGCUAUCUCUGUAGUUUGACCUUUAAUCGCCGUGGCAACUAUGUCCGACAUAAGAAAGUCCACAUGGUUAACACUGAGGAAGAUGCCAGGUACAAGUGCCCACACUGUGAUCGCCAGUUCAUUCAGCAUUGUGACCUGCGGAGGCACAUUCACAUUCACACAGGAACGCAGCCCCAUAAGUGUGAUGUGUGCAGGAAAGGCUUUCUCAGAGCCAGCGACCUGGUGGUCCAUAAGAGAUUCCACACCAAAGAUCGCCCGUUCCAGUGCAGCCAGUGCCAGAAAUCCUUCUUCCAAUCUGGUGACUUGCGCCGUCACAUGAGAAACAUCCACAUGACCAAUGCCCGAAUGCUGAGCUGUGGUCAUUGCAGGAAGAAGUACACCAAGGAAGCAACACUCCUACAUCACAUUCAGACCAUACAUCAGGGCGUGCUGCUGCAGCAACAGGGCCAGCACAGCAGUGAGGUUAUUCCAUCAGGAAUUGGGAAGACAGCUGACACUGGAAGUCCCCUUCACACGUAUGGGCCUGAGAGUGUAAAGGCAAGCUGUACCAGUUCAGCAUUACCAGUCGAGGCAGAAAGGAAUGAAGAGACCUCAGUGGCAGAGGUAACUGUUACAGAAUGUGACACGGAGACAGGUCAGCUGUUGGUACCCACAGUCACAGACAGCACAACGGAGCAAACUGGGGCUUUUCUUGGCUGCAGUGGAACAGUGUCAAACCUUGUAGUGAUAGACAUGGAAAUCACAGGAACCACUGAAGAGACAGCAUGUCUCCCAGGCAGGGGAAGUGAAGCGGAUUCUCCAGCAGUAAAAUGACACAUCCACCUGAAUGACUCGUCUUUUGCUGAAUGUUGUGCCCUGUGGUGUUUCCACCCUUACAUCCACGUGUAAAUAUCACCCCAAUCAAAAUUUAUUUCAAUAUCAAACCAAAAAUAUGUUCAUAACUUCAGCAGCUGUAAACAACAUAAAAGGUUUUAUAUUUUAACAAAGAAAGCCUAUCCCCUGCGAAUUCAGCCAUUAGGAGCAACUGAACAUAAGCAGCCCAUCAAAUAAUUUAUUCUGUACCACAGUGAGCUCUUCCUGACAUUUGUUUCAAAUUUAACUUAAAUUUCAAAAACCUGCAAUUCUGUUUCUCUCACUUUCUAAUAGUAAUUGUUUAAAAUCAACCUUAUAUGCAAUGCUUUAACUGCUGAGUUAGAUCUCCCCUUCAGCAGUCAAGCUAUGGACGAAAGCUUUCCUGGAUCCACUUAACAUUUUUCUGCAUUUAUUAAGAAUGAACUUGCACUAUUCACAACCUCAAGACCUUUAAUAAUCAAUCAAUAACUUUCAAUGUGGUCAUAUUGGAAUCACAGCAGCCAGUUUGAAAUAGCAAAUUCUCUCCAAUAGUGAUGAAACAAUGACCACGGAAUCGAUUUUAGUCAUAUUGAUAAGUAAUCGGCAGGCCAGGAUUGGGGUAUUAUUACCUGUGAAAAUGUGCCUACUAUGGGACCAGGAGGCCUGCGUUCAAGAUCCACCUACUUUAGAGGUGUGUAAUAGCAUCUCUGAACUGAUUGAUUGGAAAAUACCUACACCUGCUAAUCUUUGAAAUAGUACUGUGGUGAUUUUUAAGUCCACAGAAGGGAAAUGGGGCCUUGGUGUAACAGCACAUGAAA